AUGGCUGACGUCAAUUCACAAAGUCGUGUAACAUGCGCUUGUGGUAAGACGGUUCAACAACGAAAUCUAGCUCAGCAUUGUUCAAGCAAAAGUCAUACUGCAUUUGCAGCUAAGCAGCCACCCAUUAUCAAAGAUAAAAAGAAUGAUGUGGAGAAGACUGAUUCGUCGGAUCUUCUUUUUGAUCUCAUAGCAUUUCUACGUGAACAUGAUCUGCGUACCGAUCAAGAUCGCAUUCGAGUCAUCAUGGAUCGACAUCAGAAUAUGGACCCGUAUACAAAAGCAAAAUUAGGCAUGAAAAAUGGAGAAUCAAUAUUGAGUCAUUACGAUGUCGAUCACAUACAUGAAGCACAAAUACUUGCUUGUGCUAUUCGUUACACAUCUGAAUUGAUACCUCGUGUUAGCAAUACACUAAUAUUGCGACCGUUGCGAUCUGUUUUGAAUGAUGCUUCGAAUUUGACCAUCACUGAAGCAAAGAUCAACCGAUCUAAAGGUCAAGCUGUGAAAUAUUUCUUGGGACAUUUUCAGACAUUGUCAGAACUACCACUUCUCUCGGUAUUUAUUCAAACAGCCGAUGGAAAAGAGCGUUCCAUUGCUCAUUUCGCACGAAAUAUUGUCGAUACGAUACAAUCGACUAGCAGUGACAUGAGUGACUCGAUUCGUCAAACACGUAUGGAAAAUGGACAUAUAGCGGGUGCUAAUUCUUACGAAAAAGUUGCUGAACAGUUCGAUACAAUCAUCGAUCGAAUGCAAUUGAACUGGAAUGAAGGAGUGAAACUUCGAAAUGGGAAAACGUACUAUGUAAGCACAUAG